GAAAUCAGCUGGAGCGGAAAACUCGAUGAAGUAAAGACAGCAGUACCUGUGUUGGGAGGCCCUCGAAGUUUCUCGCCGAGUUGCAUCAGUCCUGACGUAGUCAGAGAGCUCGUCGCGCAUGUCACCGUCGAAAGCUCUCGAUCCCUGAUGAAAGUCAAAAUUAAAAAAUGGACGACAGUAGCGACGUGGAAGUGGUUGGCGAACGACGACAAUUGCGGAAUCUGUCGAAUGCCCUUCGAGUCAUGCUGCCCAGAUUGCCGGCUUCCCGGCGAUGGAUGCCCACUUGUGUGGGGUAAAUGCUCCCAUUGUUUCCAUAUGCAUUGCAUCGUGAAAUGGAUACAGUCCCAACAAGCCCAGCAGCAGUGUCCCAUGUGCCGACAGACGUGGAAUUUCAAAGAAUAGAUCUCUUGUAAGCUUUCGAGAAGCGAUGCUAUCGCGGUCAUAAGCCCCAUGUAACUCAGGGAGCUCUGUACAUAAUAAAAUGAACUGUCGAAUCUUACCGU